UGUGUGUGUGUGUGUGUAUGUAUCUCUCUUUCUGUGUGAGUGUGUUCACAGCUUGCCUUACCUUGCCUGCAUGCCCAAAGAAUAUUCUUCCAUACAUUACAUUAAAGCCAGGGUGUUUGUGUGUGUUAACUGUGCAUCCUGUGUUGCAGGAUGAAGAGGAUUCUAAGCAGGGAUACAACACAGUUCUGGAGUGUGGUCCAUCUCCCAUGGAGGGGGAUCAGAUGGCUGAAGGGAAGCAUGGUGUGUCCAGGGUGGACGUGUCAGAAGGUAGGGGGAGAGGGGCCUUGUCGGGGCCUGCUUGGCCACAGGAGCUGGCCUGCUCCCUGUGCAAACGGCUGUUCAGCAGCCUGGAGCAUCUCAGGGAGCACGAGCACCGCCACACCCUGUCUCUCACGGCCCUCUCCCUGGACUGGCCUGACCCGCAAGGCCUCUUAUCCGACCACCACCACAACCAGGCUCAAGCCUACUCUCAGGGCCCCAUUCAUUCCCAGUCUCUCUAUUGCCUCCCGGUGGCCGAGCAUUUUCCACCACGGUACCUCUGCUCCCAGUGUCCAGCCACCUUCACGCUCAAGUCCAAUGCAGACCGGCAUGAGAAGACCAUCCACUUCAAGAGGAAGCUGAUGCAGUGCACCUACUGUCUGAAACAGUUCAGAGACCGUACUGAUCUACACAGACACCUCUCCUCCGUACACUCCAGAGAGAGAGGCCACUCUUGCCCAGCCUGUGCCAAGGCAUUCAGUACCCAAAAGAACCUGGCCACGCAUGUCAAGGUGUGCUGCCAGCUGGGGGUAGGGGUAGAGUCAGGGAGAGGGGUCGGCAUGGGGGUGGGGCAGGGUGGGGUUACCGAGAGACUGUGGGGCUUGCAUCAUGAGAUGAAGUGCAUCCUGAAGAGGCACAUGCGUUCCCACACGGGCGAGAGGCCCUACCCCUGUGAGAUCUGUGGCAAGAAGUUCACCAGGAGAGAGCACAUGAAGAGACACACACUGGUCCACAGUAAAGAUAAGAAGUAUGUGUGUAAGGUCUGCAGCCGGGUCUUCAUGUCAGCAGCCAGCGUUGGAAUCAAACAUGGCUCCCGUCGCCAUGGUGUCUGUGUUGACUGUUCUGGACGGGGCGUGGACCACAACCGGGAAGCAGGCGGAGACAUGUCGCCCGAAGAUGAGCAGUAUCCCAGCGACCACCGUUUCCACAACGACCAGGUGGAGUGCGAAGGCGACGGAGAGGCGGAGGAAGAGAUGAUGACGGAAGGGGAUGGAGAGAUGAUGGGAGAGGGGGAUGAGGAGGGAGGAAAGUGGAAGGAUGACUCAGGGAUGAUGACGGAGGGAGACGGAGCCAUGGAUAAUGACAAGGAGGAGAGCAACUCCUCUGCACCAGAGGGGGAGCAGCACAAUGGGAGCGAGAAGGAUUUCAGCUGGAUCUCUUAG